GUUGAUUUGAAAUAGUAAUUUUUUAAAUUUAAGAUAAUAAUAGUUUUUCAAAGAUGAUUUCGCUUUUUCUUGGUCUUAUAAUUGUGUUACUCAUUAUUAUUGCUAUUUUAUAUUUUACAAUACCAACUCUAUUCUUGUAUAAAAUAAAAGUGAAAACAGUGAAUGGUGGCAAAGUGGAAGACGCAAUUCCAAUUGUUAAAGGACAAUGGUUUUUUGGGAAUUGUUUGACUUUAGUGAAGUUGAAUAAUGAACAACUAUUUUCAUAUUUUCGCCAACGGGCCCUGCAGUUUCCCAACUCGUACCUCUUAUACAUUUUCAAUUACCCAAUCUUGAACGUUGUGAAUCCAGAAUAUGCAGAGCAGGUACUUAACAGUCCAUUAACUGCACGCAAAAGUUUUCUCUAUCGACCCAUUAAAGAGUUUGUACGUUCUGGACUACUAACAAGUUAUGGAAAAAAAUGGCAUACCCGGCGAAAGUUAAUUACGCCAACUUUCCAUUUCAGUAUAUUAAAAGAGUUCUUUGAAGUUUUCAAGGAAGAAAGUGAAAGACUAGUGGACGUCAUCAAUAGCCGAUAUGCUAAUUUAUCUGUAUCUUUGGAUGAUAUUGUACCGAGAUUUACUUUGGAUACCAUUUGUGAAACCGCAAUGGGAGUCAAACUAACAACUUACGAGGAUGGAGACAAUUAUCGCUACAACGUAAAUCAACUACAAAAUAUUUUAGUUGGUAGAAGCCUGAAUCCUUGUUUCUACAACAAAAUAGUCUACAAGUUAUUCGGAAAUAAGCAAACUUGCGACAACUACCUCGAUAAAGUCCACCAUUUUUCCAGUUCAAUAAUCAAUAAAAGGCGGCUUGAUUUCGCCAAUAAAAAUGUGGGCAACUUUCCUAAUCAGGAUUUGAGCUUAGUCAAUGAAAAACGACGAAAUGCAAUGCUCGACACACUUUUGAUAGCGCAAAUGCAUGGGCAAAAUAUUGCCCAUCUGGAUAUUUGUGAGGAAGUCGAUACCUUUAUGUUCGAAGGAUACGAGACUACUUCGAUUGCAGUCACAUUUAGCUUAUUCAUGCUAGCAGUCCACCCCGAUGUACAGGAAAAAGUUUAUGAGGAAAUAAUCUCAGUGACAAAUGAUGUAACGACACUAACCAUAUCUGACUACAGCCAGUUCAAAUAUUUAGAAUGCGUCAUUAAAGAAACAAUGCGGCUCUAUCCAUCCGUUCCGUUUAUAUCGAGAGGUCUAUUUGAAGACUUUAAGCUAGGUGAUAUAAUACUACCUAAAUACUCCAUGAUAAAUAUACACAUUUACGAUUUACAUCGAAAUCCAAAAUAUUUUCCUAAUCCUGAAAAAUUCGAUCCAACCCGAUUCAUGCCCGAGAAUAUGCAGCACCGGCAUCCUUUCGUGUAUAUUCCAUUCAGUGCCGGUUUGAGGAAUUGUAUUGGACAAAAGUUCGCCAUGUUGGAGAUGAAAGUGUUUCUGGUGAAUCUCCUAAGGCGAUUUCAAGUUUUACCUAUAACCAAGUUAGAAGAUGUUAAGUUCAAAAUCGGCUUGACAUUAACACCGACCGUGCCAAUAAGGGUUGAAUUCCGCCAGCGGUGAUAUUAUAGAUUGUUGUGUAUUUCUGAAUGUUGUACCUGAAUGUAGUGUAAGCUAAGUAUGUUUGAAUGAGUGUUACUUUCCGAGAGUGUAUUAUAAAGCAGGAAAAAUAAUGUGACGACUUCAAAGUAUUCUGUAGAGAUUUCAUCGAAUUUUAAAAUAUCAUACUUAUUUGGAU